AUGCUUAUUGCUGCAUGGGUGGCGAUACUUCUUGCUGGGAUACUUCCGAGUUUGUCGUUGCCUGAGAUUUUGCAAUGUCAGGGCAGUUGGCGUCGCUUUCGCGGUCGUCUCUAUCGAGUUUCGAGUGCCCCGGUAGCCUCGAACAGGGAGGUGGCCGUGGUUCUGGGGGAUGUUGCCCUUCUUGUGGAAGACUUCAAGGAAGAGCUGGGAGAGGAGGAAGAUUGCCCUCUUGGCCAGGUGGCCUUGCACCUGGCACAAGCUCUGCCUGCAGGCUCCCCGAGUUUGGGCUUGGGUGAGACAGAGGUCCAAGAGCUGCUGGGCAGGGACUUCCAUGUAUUGCAGGCCUUCGGCUGGAACACAGUCGUACGGUCUGGGUGGCCCGUGUUUCAGCUGCUUUACCUGCUGUACCGAUGUCUGCAGAGCCAUUCCAGGGACGACCCUUGCAUAAACUCUGACGGAUACGCUUGGACAUUGCAGCAAAGACUGCUUCCACGACCAAGCGCGGAGCUAGGCCAGCGAGGCCUGAUGGCAGCAAGCUGGGCUUUCCUUGCUAGUGAGGAGGCCAGGGAGUGCCAGCUAGUGGCGUCGGCUGCCCUUUUAGCCAUGGCUUGGAUUAGACUUCCUGUCUAUGAUGUCGAAAGUGACGGGCUCGUCGGCGUAGCCCAGAAGCAGACCGGUGUUUGGGACCUGCUGACAGCCGCAGCAGGCCACCCAUUGCCACUGGCAGCCGCGCGCCUGUCUGCUGGCUACCAGCUAUCGAUCCAUCUGGGCCAGGCGGAGUCUACCAAGCUUCCAGAACCCGAGGACGCAGAAGAAGCCAAUCGCUGUGUUGUGCGCUUUGCGCGCACCGCAUCUGGGAAGUGUAACUUCUUCGCGCCCAUCAGACAGGCAUUGGAGCCCUGGAGAGCCAGGGGCGGUAUUUACUUGGAGGACCAGAUUCGUGCUUUCCGGCCAACCACAGAUCAGAAGACG